AUGUGGCUCUACUUUGUGCUGGUCACAAUACUAGUGAUCGCAACCCGGCACAUUGCCCACCGGAUCAAAAGAUGGAAGACCAAUCGUCACUAUGCCUUGAAGUACGGCACCAAAGACCCUGUCAUACUCGCCGGUAUUGCCCCUCCAGAGGGAGGAAAUUACGACAAGGAAACCAUGCGAGCAUUUAAAGAGCAUCGAGGUCUUGAACUCAUUCAAAAGAGACACAUUGCUGGAGGCUACACCUUCCAAACGCACACCAUCGGUGGCCGGAUCAUCAACACCUCAGAGCCCGAAAAUAUCAAGACCAUACAGGCCAGUCGGUUUGAGGAUUACUCUCUUGGUUUCAGACAGGUUGCUUUGGGCCCAUUGCUGGGUAAGGGCGUCUUCACCAAUGAUGGCAAAGACUGGGAACAUUCUCGGGCGUUGGUCCGACCGAAUAUGAGCAAGACACUGUAUACCGACUUUAGCAACUUGGAACGACAUGUUCAGGAGAUGCUUUCGCACAUGCCGAAGGACGGAAGUACAAUUGACAUUCAAGACAUGUUCUUCAAGCUAGCAUUCGACGCCUCGUCUGAGUUCCUAUUUGGAGAGUCAGUUCGCGCCUUCGAAGCCGCCGAAGAUUCUGAUGAAGCCAAGUUCGGUGCCGCUUUCGACUAUGCUAGCGGAGAAACCGUCCGUCGUCUACACUAUGGCCCAUACUUGUUUUUGUACUUCAACAGAGACUUCACAAAGGCAUGCAAGACUGUCCACAAGUUUGUUGACAAGGUGAUUGCCAAGGCGGCUACUCGCCGUGCUCAGGGGAAGCCUAAUCAGUACAUCUUUCUGGACAGCUUGAUGGACUCCGUUGCAGACCCUCAGAGACUGCGGUCGGAAACACUUAAUGUCAUGCAAGCUGGUCGCGACACAACUGCCAGUCUCCUUGCAACUGUAUUCUACCUCCUUGCUCGGCAUCCAGAGAUAUGGACGAAGCUGGAUGCUGAGAUCGGGGAAUUGAACGGAAAGCCGCCAACCUAUGAGGAGCUGAAGAAACUCACGUAUCUGCGCUACGUGAUGAACGAGACUCUCCGUAUUCAUCCAGUCGCCCCCAUCAAUAGCCGCGUCGCCGUGCGCGACACGAUCCUUCCAGUCGGAGGAGGGCCAGAUCAUAAAUCCCCGAUUUUCAUCCCCAAGGGGCAGAAAAUCUCAUUCCCCACCUACGUACUCCACCGCCGAUCGGACAUCUACGGCCCCGAUGCCCAUGAAUUUCGACCCGAGCGAUGGGGCGAGCCCACCUUCCGCCCGGGAUGGGCGUAUAUCCCAUUCAACGGAGGGCCGCGUAUCUGUCUAGGACAACAGUAUGCGUUGACGGAGGCGGGAUAUACGAUUGUGCGUCUGGUGCAAACCUUCAAGGCAGUGGAGCAGCGCGAUUUCACACGUUACAAGGAGUCUGUUCGCGUUUCAGCUAGCAUUUUUGGGGGUGUGCAAAUUGGGCUAAUCCCCCGGGAGUAG